UGUGUUGCACGAUCAUUAUUUAUUACAGUUAAACCAUACUAGUAGGUUGUUUGUAUUAUUUUUAAAACGUUAUAUUAUGUAUCUUAUUAUUAUCGUUUAAUAUUUUUUAAGAUAAAUAAAAAAAGUUUAAGAUUGACAAAAUAUGAGUUGUCAAAUUGGUAUUCAAAAAUUUGCGCGCUUUCUUAAGCCUGGUAGCGCUUGAUCGUACAGUGGGUAAUCCCGGCGUAUCAACAUUAUUAUCAGUUAACUGUUAUCAUAAAUUCAAUUUUCACAUUUUCGUUUUUCAAACAUUUGAAUAGUUUUCAAUUUUCAUUUAAUCAGUGAAAAUCUUUUUUAUUUUACUAAUUGUAAUCGUUUUUGUUAAAAAAUCCUAUUAUUCAACUAUUAUCGAGAACUGCAAAAGCAUGACUUCCGUUGCGAAAACACUUUGGCCUUUGAAUACGCCAGGAGGACAUCAUCAAAUUCCAGCCAUCGGUUUCGGCACUUACACUAUCAGCGAUAGGGCUACGAUACUUAAAGUUUUAGACGUCGCAUUAGGUGCCGGUUAUCGUUUGAUCGACACCGCAGCAGUCUAUCACAAUGAACAUUACAUCAAAGACGCUCUCAAAGUCUUGUUACCAAAGUAUGGCCUGAGCCGAAAAGACAUAUUUAUUACGUCAAAAUUAGAUCCUCGUGAUCACGGAGACGAAAAAACCGUUGGAGCCGCUGUACAAAGAGCUUUGGACAAUCUCGGUACUGACUAUUUGGAUUUGUUUUUAAUCCAUUGGCCCGGAACUGGCCGCAUCAGCGCCAAAAGUCCUGAUAAUGUCAAGCUUCGUAACUGUACGUGGAAGGCUCUGAUGAAAAUUCAUGACAACGGCAAUGGUCCCCUAAAAAACAUUGGUGUGUCCAAUUACACAACGAAACAUAUUAAAGAAAUACUGGCGGAUCCCACCAAUAUUGUUCCUGCCGUUAAUCAGGUCGAGUUUCAUCCGUAUUAUCAACAAUCAGCCGAAUUUCAUAAAACGUGCCGCGACGCCAAAAUCUUGCUUCAGGCUUACUGUUCUAUGGGCGGAUCGGCCGGAAAAAACUCACUGCUCAACGACCCGGUCGUCAACAUUAUUGCACAAAAGCAUUCGACCAGUGCCGCUCAAGUGUUGUUACGAUGGGGUUUUCAAAGAAAAUACGCGAUCAUUCCCAAAUCGACAACUCCGGAAAGGAUUCGAUUGAACAUCGACGUCGACUUUGAACUCGACACACAGGAUAUGGAAAGUAUAAACAAUAUCAAGCACGUGGAAAAAUUUGCUUGGCAACCGGAAGACGUCGUUUGAAUAAAAACCAAUAUUGUUCACUUACUAAAUCCUUUUAAUUAUCGUUUUACAAAUGUUGUACCUGUCAAUUUUUCAAUGCCUUUUUUUUACAAACAUUUUUUCUAGUAAAAUGUUUUAUUAUUGUGUAAAGCUGGUUAAGUUAAACCGCUAGUUGUUGUUGUAAACGUUUAAAGAUGUAAUUGUUUUAGAACAGUUUAUUGUUUAAGAUUUAUUUUUAAAAACGAACGUUUACUUUUAUUAUUAAAACGGUUUAGUUGUUACGAAUUUGAUCGCAAUACAGAAAAACAAAUAUUAUAAUAGUAUAUAAUCAUUUUGAACGGAAUAUCUGUUUGUAGCAUUAUACAUUCUACAAGAUUUAUUACGAUUGUACCUAAGAUAUAUAUUUUUGUGGAACAAAUUUAAUGGUGUUACAAUAAUCAAAUUAUAGGUGGCUAUUAUAUUAUAUAAUUUACUUAAUUAAAAUUGUUAUAAAACAUUAAACUGACUAUUCUGAAUAUUUUCUAGAGUAAGAUUAAUAUUUAUGUUAGGUACAAAGUUAUACAUUUAUACAAAGUGGUAUUGAAAACGUAAAAUUGUUUUUAAUUACAAAUAGUUAUUGCGUUUUAUACACAAUUUGUUUUUUAAGUCCCAAUUAAAUACGUCAUAUUAUGUUUAAAUAUAAUCUAUCUACAUUAUUAUAAAAGUCAAAUACUUUUCACCUUUUUUGUUUUUAAGCAAAUAGAUUUUGUAUAGUAAGUCAAAAAGCCGAGCACAAACUUAGUUAGUUAAAACUAAAAAACAAUUUUCAUAUCAUUUUUUAAUUUCAAUUUAUACCAAUUUAUAAUCUUAUAUUUUUUAAUUAUUCAGUUUUAUUUUAAACACCUAAAUAAAAAAUUAACAGUUAAAUAUGACUAAUGUAAAUAGUUUUUUUUAAUUUGUACGAAUUGAAUAGUACAUCAAAUUUUUUUUCAAUUUUUCAUUGGAUUGAAAUUACAAUUUUGUUUAUUACCAGUUUUUAUUUUAAAUAGUAUUUUAAUUUUUUUUAAUGUUAUCACCUAAAUUUGGAUUUUUAAUUAAAUAACCCACAGGUUGGCCUGCAAAUCCAAGGACAUCUUUUAAUCGAACACCAUUUGUCAAAUUUAAAACAACUUUGCAAAAAGUAUUUUUACAUUAUGUUUGAAAGUGGGUUGAAUGUUUUUAGUAGAGUAGAGU